CCUCAGUCCACAGUCCUGAGAAGGGAGGUGGUGGCCCCUCUGUUGUCAAAUCAAGCCCUGAGAGACCCCCAACGCAGAGGAGCCCAGAGCCAUGCAGAGUCCUGGGACCCUGCUCCUGCUGCUGGCCGCCUGCCUGGCCGUGAGUGCUGACCCUGUACUACCACCUGACGACAUCCAAGUGCAGGAAAACUUUGAUAUCUCUCGGUUCUACGGGAAAUGGUACAAUGUGGCCAUUGGCUCCACCUGCCCUUGGCUGAAGAGGAUCAAGGACCGGAUGACCACGAGCACACUGGUGCUGGGAGAGGGGUUGACGGAGGCGGAGAUCAGCAUGACCAGCACACACUGGCGGAAAGGUGUCUGUGAGGAGAUCUCUGGGGCUUAUGAGAAAACAAGCACUGAUGGGAAGUUUCUCUAUCACAAGCCCAAAUGGAACAUAACCAUGGAGUCCUACGUGGUCCACACCAACUAUGAUGAAUAUGCCAUUUUGCUGACCAAGAAAUUCAGCCGCCGCCACGGGCCCACCAUGACCGCCAAGCUCUAUGGGCGGGAGCCACAGCUGAGGGAAAGCCUCCUGCAGGACUUCAGAGCGGUCGCCCAGGGUGUGGGCAUCCCUGAUAACUCCAUUUUCACCUUGGCUAACAGAGGUGAAUGUGUCCCCGGGGAGCGAGAACCAGAGCCCACCCCACCCACUAGGGCCCGGCGGGCUGUGUUACCCCAAGAAGACGAAGGAUCAGGGACUGGGCAACUAGUAUCCGAGAUCACCAAGAAAGAAGACUCCUGCCAGCUGGGCUACUCUGCCGGUCCCUGCAUGGGGCUGACCAAAAGGUACUUCUACAAUGGCACAUCCAUGGCCUGUGAGACCUUCCAGUAUGGUGGCUGUAUGGGCAACGGCAACAACUUUGUCUCAGAGAAGGACUGUCUGCAGACCUGCAGAACCGUGGCGGCCUGCAAUCUGCCCAUAGUUCCUGGCCCCUGCCGAGCUUUCAACAAGCUCUGGGCAUUUGAUGCUGCCCAGGGCAAGUGUGUCCUCUUUGUCUAUGGCGGCUGCCAGGGCAACGGCAACAAGUUCUACUCAGAGAAGGAGUGCAAGGAGUACUGUGGUGUCCCUGGUGAUGGGGAUGAGGACCUGCUGCCGAUUCCUGGCUCAUCCUGAUCCCUGGCUCGUCUGUAAGCUGGAGCUGGCCAGUGUCUGUCCCAGGGCCCCAUGCAAGCUGGGGCCAAAUGACCUAGGUACAAAUAAAAACCAAAAGUCUGUGU